GGAAAUGCAUUUUGUCAGGCAGCCAAACUCCAUAUGCAGCUUCAGAGCAAACAUGAUUCUGCCACCAGCUUUGUGGAUGCUGGGAAUGCUUACAAAAAGGCAGACCCUCACGAGGCUAUCAACUGCUUAAAUGCAGCCAUCGACAUUUACACAGACAUGGGAAGGUUUACAAUCGCAGCCAAACACCACAUUACUAUUGCUGAGAUUUAUGAGACUGAACUUGUAGACAUCGAGAAGGUAAGCAAUGGGUCACAUUCUCAUAACCUUGGCGUGAAGCAGGUAACUGACUCCAGGGACUCUUGCCUCUUCCAUCAGAGUUGAAUGGAGUAGCGUGACAGUCAUGCAUGGCUACACGUGGAAGUUUUAGGGGCUUGGUGGCUAAGGAGUAGAGGAACUGUUUGCCUGGAGUAAGUAUUUGAGAUGAGAGCUAGUGAAGAUUUACUUGCUGUGUCUGCUUAUGUGAUUCAUGUUAGAAUCUUCAUCUCUUUUGCUGAGGCUUCUGUGGCCCUGGGAAGGAAGCUUAAGUACUGUGGGCAUUUGCACAUCUUUGUCUUCAGGCCUUGAAACCUGGAGAAGAAGGUAGCUGAACACCAACUUGGCCACAUGUCUGCUUCACUCAAGCCUGGCUUUUUAAGUGGUGGUUUAGACUAGUACAGGCAUACCUUGGAGAUAUCAUGGGUUUGGUUUCAAACCACUACUAUGAAGUGAAAAGCGCAAUAAAGUGAGUCACACAUAUGAAUUUCCAAGUGCAUAUGAAAGCUGUGUGUACACUAUACAGCACAUCCUAGUAUAGCAUCGUUUGUUCAGCGUUGUUCCAUUGUAACAGAGAUA